AUGAGCGUGACCGACGUCGCCGAAUCGAUUGAGUCGAAUAUGCAGCAUGCCACGGCGCAUGAUGCUUCAGCCAUGCCGGAUCCACCUCACUUUACACCUGCACCCUUGCCGCCAGAAUCUCUCCGCUCCGCUCGCCAGUCUGGAGACUCGAAUGCUGCCCAUUCCUCCAAACCGACGAACCUGAACUUGUCUAUCGGUGACACAUCUGGCGGCGUGGGUAAUUCGUCAGCGGACCGUGGCGAGACACCGCCCCCGACUUCUGCUAUAUCAAGUUAUGGAGGCUCGCAGGCAACGGAGACGUUUUCGCAGCAGGAGGAACGAUUGAUUGGGGAGGCUACAAGGAUCGAAGGGGCCCAGCAGCAAAAGAUCAAAUCCACCUCCCAAAGUCCUCCACCGAAUAAUUCGUCGGGCAUCAAACGAACUGCGAGUGGUGAAGUCAAGAGAUCAAGCGUGAAUGUGGUGGCAGAUGGUAUUCCGACCUCUAAUGGUGUCGGUCAUUCUUAUACGUUGAGCACCGCUUCAGACCGAACCAAAGGAAAUGUUCUCGAGCUCUCGCAACAGUUGCGCACCAAACUGAAAUAUGCCAUGGUUAAAGUUCAAAACGGUUGGCAAACUCGUUCCCUAGACGAGGUCGAGUCGCUGGCAUCACAAUCACCACGGUCAACCGUGUCUGGGUUUCAUCACCUUCAGGAGCAGCAUUUGCUUUCACCCAGGACCGCCAUGUCUAGAAAAUAUCAGCGGCAAUCGAGCGAAAGCGAAUCAUCCGAUAGCACUGUGGCUCUCGAGAGCCGCGGCCUGGUGAGCAUGGUCGGUAGUCCUUCAGCCACAUCACGUCGCGCUCUUGCUCCCCCUGCCGAUAUUGUUCCUGGUUCUCGUCGACGUCCGACCCCAAAUGCGGCAGUUCAGAGUGUCAACGGAGUACAUGUCCAGUCUCGAAACGUACACUCUUCAAGGCCACAUACCAAUCAACGGACUCCAAGUCAGAACGCUGCGAUGGAAGCCGACGCGGUCGAAACCCUUCUUUUCAUGGCCAGCCCUAACAAUUCAGGGUAUAACCCACCCUCCCAUGCUUCGCAAGAUUCUUCGCUCCGCUCGGCCCAGGUGUUCUCCUCCCAGACCUCACCACUCCGAACUCAGUUCAGCCAAACCUCGGUCACGUCCCCCAAGAAAGUAGUAUUUUCAGACGCGGGCUCCCCACACCCUUCCUUUGACAAGGCGGCCCUCAUUGACCGCAUGCUGGACGAACUAUCUGACGACAGUGACGAUGAAUUGGAGCAAGCAUUUCAACUUGCUGAGAAAAGCAAAAUCCCAGCGCCAGUCACCACGUGA